GAUCCGAGGCAUUCGGCCGCUCGACGUCAUGUCUUAAAAAUGUUUGCGACUGGAGCUUGGAUGUGGCCACGUGUGUUUUUUUAAUGUUUAAUUGUGACUUGCGAAACGUGAGUGUGCGGCUUUCGUGACUUUUCAGGACGUCAUGAGUUCUUCGAGGCAGUCACGGACUUCAAGGAGUCUCAGCCCGCCGAAAGGCAAGGAAAUAACAACUAAAGAACAGGAUCAACACACUUGUGAUAGAUGCCACAGAAGGACCCGAAAAGAAGACGACAAACGGAUGCAGCCAAGCAUGACGGACAAAUCCCAACAAACGCGAGCUAAUUACGACAAAUCGCAGGAGCAUCAGCAGUGGCGUUAUGGCGGCAAUGGAAGAAGACCAAGUUCCAGGCAGUCCUGCGUACCGGCAGACGGAGCGAGCAGAAAUACGAGACAGACAAAUCUGGUCUGCACCAAGCACGAAAAAGAAAAAGUUAAAAUGCAAACUACCAUUGAAAAGCUGCAAGAAGCAUUCUGUGAUAAAGAAUCAAAACUCCAGGACACGAAAUCUCAACUGGUUCGCGAAAGACGCAUGUCUGAGAUCAUGGAACGACAGCUGAAAAACGCUCGAAACUUGUCAGAGCAACUCGGACGGAUCAUAAACGACAGAGAGCAGGAGAUUCGAACGCUCAAAAAUCUCCUCAACAAGCGACAGGACACCAAGAAUUUGUCAGAGUCGGCGGUCCAGGCGGCCAUGCUCAAAGCCUCCAGGCAGUCUGACAGGAGAAGAUCGACCUCCAAGGACGAUUUUCAAGCCUCCAUGCGUAGGAGCUCCUCCACGAGCGACCACACCGAAUGCCCGAGUCUCUCCUCCCAAUCGGUGGACAAGAUGCUGAAAGAGGUCCACUCUUUAAUCGAUGGCUUGAAAAUUAAAGACGAGGCCAUUAAGGGUCUGCAAGAGGAGUGCACGAGGAGGCUGGACAAGAUUCAGAUUCUCCAGAGGAGCGUUCAGGUUCUCCAGGACCAGCUGGCUCAGAGCUCGCAGCACCACAGCAGCGUUCUAAUCGAAAAGGACAACGAGAUUUCUCAAUUGCAACAUUCGUUGAAAGAGUCAGAGGAAACUGUAAGAAGCCUCCUGAGCGAGAAGACGAAAGUGGUGAUCGAGGGCGAGAACACCAUCCAAGAGCUGCAGGAGAUCAUCCAGCAGAAGGAUCUGAAGAUAAAGCGGAUCCAGAGCCAGCUGGAGGAGGCCCUGGACACCAAGGAGACGGAGCUCCAGCAACUGCGGGACACCCUCGACAACAGACAGAAGGAGCUGGAUACUAAGCAAAGAGAUCUGGAAGAGGCCAAUGAAGAGUUGUUCAGGAGCCAGAUGGAAGGAGAAGCUCUCAAGAUCGAACUCAGUCAAGAAAAAUGCAGCCUGAGCAAGAUGUCAGAAGAAAUCAACUCCCUGGUCGAAAAACUGACCACCGCCGUUGAGGAAAUGGAAGCCACGAAGCUGGAGUACCAGAAGAAAGACGAGCGGCUGAAGCACACGCAGAAUAAGAUUCAGGAGAUGUACAUCCUGUUCUUGGGAGAUCAGGACAUCACGGAGAAACUUCAGGCAGUUUACAAAGCAAGGAGAGAGAGCACAGGAAGAAAGGUUUUAUCGGAAGAGGAUGUUUUAGAAACACUCCUGAACCCUAAGAACAAGAAUAUGUUUUUCAGGAAUGAAAAUAAAGGAAAGCAUGGAUCUAUCAGUCUCACCAAUCAACAGAUUCACAAGCAACAGCUAGCCGAACUACAGCAGCAAGUCAAUGACUCGCAGGCCGUGUGCAGCAUCCUUCAAGAGCAGCUCAAAGAAGUCACCGAUUUCUUGGACCAGUUGUUGCACAUAGACAUUUCGCCGAAGAACCUCCCAGCUCUGUCUCUCAUCAAACACUACGGAAAGCAUCUGAAAACACCUUCACACUCUCUGUCUAAAGAAAGAAUAGCUCCAGACGGUGUAUCGUCCAAUAGUCAGUUAGAUAUGGAAUUUUCGAGGCACGGCAUGAUGGAAGUGGAUCAGAUAAAUCAAAGAAAUGAGAACGAAAUGGCCGCCUCUAAUUACGAGCUUGAAGUGCGCCACGGCAGUUACGAAGACCUCAGCUACUACGACCAACAGCAGUUCCAAUUCUUCGCGGCGCACCGCUCCCUCUCGGCGGAGAAUGUCAGGGAAACCAAUGUUCAUUCAGUAUCCAUGAUGGAAAUGCAGAACUCGGCGAAAGAGAACUCGGAACCAGUGCCGAUAUCAGUAUCCGUUCAAGGUGCCAGUUCCGACAGUGACGAAAUCAUCUUGCUACUGAAUGACAGAGAAGUUAACAAAGAAAACACAUCCAGCGAAGCCACCAAGCACACUAAAAAAUUGUCGAGACCCGCCGUCGUGUCACCCCCCUUUCCCAGGGGACUGAAAAUCACCGAAAACUACGGAUCGGACGGCAGUAUCAACACCAGAGAGAACUCCAACAAUGUCAUCGAGAGGUCGGUGAGUUUUGGAAGCUUCAGUGAUUCCGUUCUGAUGUCCUACGAGCAGUCCGAAAGAGGUGCAUCAGAUGAAAGCAGCGGGAUGGUGAACAACAGGUGUGUCAGAUCCAUCGACAUGAUGGACCUCAUUCCAGUUGGCAACGCAGAAAUGAAAGGAGUCUUUCUGUCCUCUGAUUCUGAUAUAUGGUCUGAGCCAGACACGACACUCUCGCGUCAGCGGAUGGGGCUCAACGUCGAAGAGACCUCAGUCUCAUCUGAUUACUCGACGACUUACGUAUCAGAUGACCUUCAGAAGAAGAAAGUGUGCCCGCAGAGUAGAUGCGAGUCGAGGAGAAGCAAGCACGUCCUACAUAUGCCAACCAAAAAAACAGCUAACAAGAUGAAACGGUGGUUCGAAAAACUUAAAAACUAUCUCCGCAUGUUCGAAGAAGCCAACUACCAUCUGACUGAUGAAAUAAACAACUUAUGCGACGUACGUAACCAAAUGACGGCGGUACUAGCUGCUGAAGAGAAGAUUGAAAAUCCUGAUGCAAUACUCUAUGAUCUAGCGGAAUACAUACGUUUAAACUUCUUGAUGCAGAAAAAAUUAGAGAAGUCGAUCCAUUUUAACCGCCAGCUCAUAGAUGUCUUCCAGAGAAAUAUAUCUUGGCUACUUUGGAAUGGACCUUAUAGUUCCGGGAUCCCCUACUCCACACUUCACCACCACAUCAGCUAGAAGAUGGUUGAUUGCAUUUUUCUUCACUAAGAUCGCAUGCGUAGGAGAAUCAUUACUGGAAAUGGAUUCUAGUCUCGAAUCCCGAAACUUUGCCACGUGGGUUUUUCCGGAUCCAUGAAAUAAGAUUGUAAUAAAAUGAAUGAUUUUUAGUACAUUGUAUAGUAACAAUAAUAAUGUAAAUACACUGUGUAAAAAAGUAGAAGGACACUAGAUUUUUAAAAAAAAUAAGGUUUUUGCUUUUUGAGGUUUGCUUUUAUUUAUUAUUAAUUUAUUUAUUAUUAAUAAGGUUUUCUUUUAUUUGAAACCGUGUAAAAAACCAGAAUGACGGUUAUAAAAAGAACAAAAUACAAGCAGUUUUAGAAAAGAAUACUUUUCCAUUAGCUUUUAUGACUUCGAAUAUUCUGUUGGUAAAUAAACCAAUACAAAGAUUGGAUUUCUGAUAAAAAUUAUCCCAUUGGGUAUUUAAUGCCACUCGAAGCUCAGAAAGCAGUUCAAACUGAUUCCCACCAGCGUAUACUCGACGAACAAGCAUUGCCCAGUUAUUUUCUAUUAUAUUCAGAUCCGCGCUUUCAGCUGGCCAUUGUAAAACCUGCACAUUAUUUGCAGCGAACCAAUUUUUGACUCCAUUGGUGGUGUGGAUUGAGACUCCAUCUUGUUAAAACACCCACUGUUCUCCUCCUAAUUCAGAGGCAUAAGUAAGAAACUUAGAGUUCUGAACAUCAAUGUAGUCUGUAUGCUUCUGCCUACGUUGACAAAGACCAAACUUGUUCUACCUCCAUAACCAAGUGCUAACCAGAUCAUCAAACUUCCUCCACCCAUUUGUCUAGUUGAAUAAUAUUGUUCAGCAUUCUUCAAACAAUGCCAGUAGUAUUGAGAACCGUCUGUACCAUCUCAGUUAAACUUUUUUUCAUCUGAAAAUAUCACAGAAAUCCAUUCUGUGGGCCAUGACAUGUUCUCCUUAGCCCAAGACAAACGAUUAUUAAUAUGUGUUUGUUUCCACUGUGGAUGAUGCCUUCGGUUUUUGAAAACGAAUCUUUUGGACCUUUGGAUAGAGUUGUAUACUGUUUGCUUGGACACAUGAUUUGCUGCUUUUGCAACACUCCCAUUACUCUUUUUAAGCUCAUGAGCAAGUUUUCUUUCAUCACGAAGCGUAAAGUUUUUAGGACCACCAAUACUUUUUCUUAUUCCGUUUCUGUUUGAAUUUUUAAUAAAGUUAGAAACUGUAUUGGGGAUGACUUGCAGAACACGAGCGAUCUCCCCAAUACCUUUACCUUCUUUUUUAUAUGCAACAAUUUGACCCUUUUGGAAAUCAUUUAAGGGUAUACUUAUAGGCAUUCGGAAAUUAAAGCAUCGGUGAAAUUUUUAACAAAAUACGUUUUCUUGAGAAAAAAAUAUAGUUUAAAAAAGUAUAUACUUUCUUUUCUACUCGCUCACAUUCCACCAAAUAAAAAAAUGUUGUAGGUGUUCUUCUACUUUUUUUUUACACACUGUAAUUCAUAUAUUCUCGUCUUUCUAGUGGUAGUCGCUAUUUCAUUUUUACAUGAAAAUAAAAAAAAAACAUUGUUAAAUAAAACCUACAUAAGAAUCUAUUAGGCAGGAUAAAAAUAUAAAAGAAAAAUGUACAAAAAACGACUGUCCUUCUACUUUUUUUACGCAGUGUAUAAUAAUAGUAAUGAUUAAUAAAUUACUAAUAACUUCUAGUGAGGAAGUUAUU